CUACUGCGAUCAAAUGGAUAUUUUGUCUACUCUGCUCCACCUGCUUAUAGGAAAGAUAAAGAUUUUCCAGUGAUUUGGAAUAAGUUGAUGAAUCUGACUUCUGCAAUGUGCUGGAAACUCAUUGCUAGGGAAGUGCAGACAGCAAUCUGGACAAAGCCAGAGAACAACUCAUGUCUUGAGCACAAUGCACAGGAGAAGCUUCUAAGCCUAUGUGAUCCUGUGGAUGAUUCUAAACCCUCGUGGAAAACACCUUUGAGGAACUGUAUAACGCCCCGUGUUUCUCAGACUCUGCCUCCCAGGCCACAGCGUCUUUCAGAGUAUUCUAGAACUCUCAGUAACCUAGGUAUCAAUCGAGAAAAGUUCUUAUCAGAUACAAUCUACUGGCAGGAUCAAGUUCGUCACUACUGGAGACUGAUGGAUGUUGAAGAGAAUGAAGUUAGGAAUGUCAUGGACAUGAGUGCUUUCCUAGGUGGAUUUGCUGUUGCUUUGAGUACAUGGCCUGUUUGGGUUAUGAACGUAGUUCCUGCAACUACGGUGAAUACUUUACCUGCUAUUUAUGACCGGGGUCUAAUUGGCGCCUUCCAUGACUG